CCAUUUUCAGUAAAAAAAAAAGAUUUAAAAAAUGAGGAAUGAAGCUUAAAAUCGUAUGAGAAUCAAAAUAAACCAAACAUCCCCUUCAUCAUUCCAAAUCCAAUCACUGAUUGCUUCUCUCACUGUCGUUGUUGGCGAUACCCCUCCCUAGAUCUGCUCUCAAAAGGGCUGGAACUAAGAGCUGGAAGUCAUAGAUGGCACUUUCAGUUUCUCGAGCUAUGUCAAAGGGUGUAGUGCUGACAGUGCCUGUCCUGGUUCUCAUUGCUUCAGUGGCUGCUGUUUUCCUCUUCUUUCUCUUGUCCUCUCUCUCGUCUUGCUCCUGCCCUCCAUCUUCAGACACCCCUGUCUCCAAUGCUAGGAGUGUUGAUAUUGGUGUGCCUGAGUCUAGCAGGGGUAAUGUUCCUUUAUUGACAAGGAAGGAGGAUGUUGAAUGGGUGAAAGGUCAAAUCCAAGCAAAUGGGCUUCAUAUGCAGGACAAUGUGCUCCGCAAGGGUAUUAACCCUCGCACCAGGGCUCAGCAACUUGAGGAUCUUAGACAGUUUAAGGGCAUAUCCCACUAUGAGGGACCUGAAUCAGAUAAUCACACAGCCUUGCCAUGCCCUGGGGAGCUUCUAGUCGAACAGCACCAUAGCAACUACGGUGAACCUUGGGCAGGUGGAAGAGAUGUGUUUGAGUUUCUUGCUCAAGCCGUUCAACUCAGACCUGACUCGCUGGUACUGGAGAUAGGCUGUGGCACACUUAGAGUUGGUUUGCAUUUUAUUCGGUAUUUAAACUCUGAACACUUUAAUUGUCUUGAAAGGGAUGAGCUCUCUCUGAUGGCUGUAUUUAGGUAUGAGCUUCCUGCCCAAGGCCUCUUAUACAAAAGACCUUUGAUAGUUAAGGGGGAUGACAUGGAUUUCACUAAAUUUGGUUCUGACAAAAUGUAUGAUUUGAUUUAUGCUAGUGCUGUAUUUCUUCAUAUGCCUGAUAAACUCGUAUGGGCUGGACUGGAAAGAUUAGCAUCUAAAUUGAAGCCUUACGAUGGACGAAUCUUUGUAUCUCAUAAUAUAAAGUUCUGUUCACGGUUGGGAGGAGAGGAAUGUACAAAGAGGCUUAUGAGUUUGGGGCUUGAGUAUCUUGGGAAGCAUACACAUGAUAGUCUGCUAUUCAAUCACUAUGAGAUAUGGUUUGAAUUUAGACGGUCAAAGGUUUAAGGUCAUGAUUGAAUCUAGAAAAAAAAACGUCAGGAAUAUGUCUAAAUUGCCUGAAGCAACUAAAUGUGUUUGCUCAUCGUAACAAAUCUUCAGCAACUCAAUGAUAUUGUUGCUUUGAGUCCAUGGAGGUCACAGUUUUUUUCUCCUCAGUGGUUCAUCAACUUGUGAGUGGUUUCUCUACUCAGUGGUUCCUCAACUUGUGCCAGAAAUCAUAAUACACUUUUGAGGACUCAACAAAGGCAAGGAGACUUGUAUUGUUAUUUUUAGGAUCCUAUUCUUAAAGGGUAGCUCAAUAUUUUCGUUUUAAUGUUGUCUCUAUAGAUUCUGAUAUGAUAGUUGUAUUUACUAUUUAGCAUUCAUGUUAUCUAGCAACUGAUUGCUAUUUUGACAAUUAUUACACGGCAUGACAUCUAACAUUUGUGUGUGAUUUUAAUUUAUAUUCUUUGGAUUU